GCUGUUGGCUGCGUGCCCUGGCAGCGGCCCGGUCGGUGGCGGAGAGGUCGCGCGUUUCCGCUUCCGGGUGGAAGGGCAGACCGUUGCUAGGGUGGCGGCGUUGCUAGGGGAGGCCCGGCCACCGGCGCUGCCAUGGCGGGGAACCGCAUGCAGAAGAUAGGGAGCGUGUUCAGCCGGACCCGGAACCUGCUCCGCAUCGGGGUGAUCGAGAAGCCGCUGUGGUUCGACGUCUACGCUGCCUUUCCCCCGCUGAGGGAGCCCGUCUACCGGCUGCCGCGGCCGCGCUACGGCAAGGUGAAGGAUGUCAUCCCUCCCAUCUUCUACCAGGAGGACGAAGUGCGAGCGAGAUUUUACAGAAUAUAUGGCAGUGGUCCAAGACCUUUCGACCUGUCGCAAUCAAACUACAAAUCUAUUUGCGAGAUGUUUGUUGAAAAGUUCAAUGAACUGAAAGAAGAAGGAAAAAUUGAAGAAGAAAAAUUGUUUGAAGAAACAGGAAAAGCCCUUUUAGCCAGUGGAGUAAUUUUACAGAGGAGAGGAACAGAUAAAGUAGCACGACAGGAUCAUCAGGAGGUUGAAACCAGGGAUUCCAUGUUGCCCCUGCAGCUUCAGACUGCAUUGGGAGAGAAGAAAGAUCAGGAGGAGCAGACACCAGAGUUGGCAGAAACUCAGAAGGAGAAUCCCUCACCCUCCUAACAGCCGUGCUGUCGUCUUGUAAUGCUCAGCCGCAGUGUGUGCCCUGGCUGCGGCAGCCGCCUGCUCGGGAGCCAGCAUUUCUGCCGCUGCAUCCUGGGGGCUGUCAGAUGUUUUCUUACGGGGAAUAUGCCUCAGUUAUCCGGCUGGUGCCUUCCACGAUCAUGUUUGUGGCACGCAUUCUUCUUCUUCCAUCUCCCCAUUUCUAAAAUUGGAGAUAAUCCCCUUUUUUCGAGGUUCAAGAAUGUUAUCUCAAAUUGUGAGUUGGAAAAUAAGAGAGGAGAAUUAAACAUUUUCUUUAGAAAUUGGAA